UCCUGCCCACGCCAUCCGAGUCGGUGCUGUGCAGCAGACGAUCCAGCAACUUUAAGUCUCCGGCAGUAGGCAAAGGCGCUUCCAUUGUCCAAAACGCCCUCAAAACGGUGCCUUGCAGCCCCGCCUUCAGACUUCUGAAGUCGCUUCUGAAGUUAGGACGCCUGUGCUUGCGUUGGCCAGCCGCUGGGGGAGCUUGGAAAGAUUGGCGGCCUUUUGGCAAGCAAAGAAGAAAGUUGAGGAAACCUGCGGCUCCAUGCUCGUGUUGCCGCUUACACAUCUCCGCGUCAAGGGUUCGGUGGGGUUGUACAACCAGGAUUGAUGUCUGCGGUCGUUUGCGGGAAGCGGUCUUUCUUUGAAGACUCUCCUGCUGACUGGUCUCCACCCAAGGCGUCCAAGCGCGUGCGCUACGGGGGCUCUCCCGCACACCGCUUCCCUCCGUCCCCACCCCUUACAAGUGGCCCAGAGGGGGGGGGCACAGGGGCGGGGCCAGGGGGUAGCGUGCAUGACGCAGUAGACCAACUGCGCAGGCACUUUCCCAAGAUGGACACUCAGGUGCUGGUGAAGGUGCUGCAGACGUGUGAGAACAACGUCGACGCCGCCAUCCAGUGCCUCACGCAGCUGCGCCUCUCCUCGCAAGCAGAGGCAGCGGCGCCGGCACCUGGACCUGCUGAAAAGGGGGCAACACACAGCACAGACGUCAGAGGAACCACGCAAGAGUCCGCUGCGAGGCCUGCCUCCCCGCCUGCCGCGGAGGCCCCUGCCUGCCCCUCUGGCGUGUCUCCUCGUGCCGGGGCGGAGUGGGUGGAGCUGGUGGUGGCGGAGAUGGCGGCCGCCGCCAGCAUGGACGAUGCGCGGGCGCGCGGGGCCAAGGUGCUCGGCGAGUUUGAGGCGCUGGUGCGGCAGCGCGCGGAAAGCGGCGCGGAGGCAGCCUGCCGUGAGAACGCCGCGCUAAAGGAGCAUGUGGCGGCGCUGAGCAAGGACAACCACAUCCUGAAGCGCGCAGUGCAGAUGCUGAACGCGCGGCAGCAGGAGGCGGAGGAGCGGGGCAAGGAGCUGGCGGCCGCGCGGCAGGCGCUGCAGCAGUACCAGGAACAGCUGCGCACGCUCGAGGUCAGCAACUAUGCCCUAUCGCUGCACCUUAGGAAAGCUCAAGAGCAAAACAGUAUGCCAGGAAGGUUUCAUCCUGAUGUCUUUUAGCAGAUCGAGAGGAGAGGGAGGCGUAUCAUAGUCAGAAGGGCAGCACUUUCCUCGGGUAAAUUUCAAAGUAGAACCUAGUUAGCCGAUGAAGAUCAAACAGGGUGGACAGGUCAAACUUUGCAAAGGCCGCUCUGGCAUAUCGUGACAAAUUUUAGCAAGCAGAUUAUGCAGCAUUCAGUCUAAGAAGUUUGCUUUCAAAAAUUGAUUACGUAGGACUGUCAUGUCAUUGUUAACGUGCUCGACUUGAUAUUUGCGGCCAAACUAUUGCAAGUUGAAUGGGCAACAAGAAUGGGGACUUGGCAUACAUUGUAGCUAAGUUCGCAUUGCAACCAAUGGGAACAUGAGUCCU